CCGCGCCACUCAAUUUUCAAUAAAUCGUUUACAUUAAACAUUGAACAAUUAACUAUUUUAAACAAUCUUAAGUGAAGAAUAUUCAAAUACGGAUUUAUAUAUUUUAAAGUAAAAUAAAAUAAAAUUACAGUAUUAUGACAAUUAAAAAUUAUCAAAAAAUGAAAAUAAACUUUUUCAGAAAAUGAUUUCAUCAGUCAUGAAGUCGAUUUCAUCAGUAUUAAAACAAAUGAACAUUUUAACAAUACAUAAUAAUAAUAUUAAUAAUAAUAAUAAGAGGAUGAAUAGAAGACGUCAGUUACAUCAUCGACAACCAUCUUUAAAUGGAUUAUUUAUUUUCAUUUUAUUAAUAUAUUCAUUGACAAUUGAAAGUACAAAUGCAUUUGGAAAUAUGGGUUAUUGGUGGAAUUUAGGUCUUCUGUCUUGGAGAACAAUACAUCAAAGUCCUGCUUUCCUGUUGGCACCGAAACCGCUUUGUUUACGUGUUCAAGGCUUAACUCAUUCACAAGCCCAACUAUGCCAAAGAUAUUUUGAUCAUAUGCCUGUAAUAAGUAUCGGGGCAAAAUUAGGCAUUUAUGAAUGUCAACGACAAUUUCGUUUUCGACACUGGAAUUGUAGUUCUGAUAAUGAAGCUUCAGCAUUCGGUCCAGUCACUUUAACUGGUAGUCGUGAGGCUGGUUUUGCACAUGCAAUAUCUGCUGCCGGUGUUGUACAUGCUUUAGCUAGAAGUUGUAAAGAAGCUCGUCUAUACUCUUGUGGUUGUUCAAAAGCUGAUCGACCUGAUCAACUACAUCGUGAUUGGAUAUGGGGUGGUUGUGGUGAUAAUAUAGCCUAUGCAUAUCGAUUUGCUAAAGCAUUUAUUGAUAUUAGGGAGAAGGAGAAAAGUUAUCCAAGACAUUCAAAUGAAUUGGCACGUAUGUUAAUGAAUUUGCAUAAUAAUAGAGCAGGUCGUUUGGCUGUCUAUAAACUUGCUUCAGUAGCGUGUAAAUGUCAUGGUGUUUCUGGUUCAUGCAGUCUACGAACUUGCUGGACCCAGUUAUCACCUUUCACACGUAUUGGUCGAUAUCUUCGUCAAGGUUAUGAUGAAGCUGUAAAAGUGAAAUUCAACAAACGCGGAACAAAACUCCGCCGGGCAAGUAGACAGUUACGUCGUGUUACUCCAGAUCAUAUCACAUAUCUGGAUGAAUCAUCAAACUAUUGUGAAUAUGAUCCAAUUACUCAGAGUCCAGGUACACGUGGUCGUGAAUGUCUACCAAAUAGUACAGAUCAAGCGAGUUGUGCCACACUGUGUUGUAAUCGUGGUUCACACACCCUGUUACGUGAAGUACGUGAGAAAUGUCAUUGUCAGUUUAAUUGGUGUUGUCGAGUCGAGUGUCAAACAUGCGUUAAAACAGAAGAAUAUCAUGUAUGUAAUUGAGUUGAAUUUCAUCGAAAAUUUUAAAAAAUAUACAAUUUAUGCAUUUUUUUUCUAUAUAUAUUAUUUCUAUUUUGAAUUCCUACCUCAUUAAUUAUUAUUAUUAUUAAAAUUGAUUCUCAAAGCGCGUCUUCAUAUUUAUCAAGUAUACUAAAACUGAUAUUCUCAAGUUCAAAAAAUAUUUGGUGUAUUCUAACCAUUCACCUUAUUAUUAUUAUUAUUACACAUACAUAUAAUAUUGCAUUUUUUGAGUUUAAUCCCCCUCCAGACUCAUAAAUCCAGAUCAUUAUAGUGCUGGCAUAUGACGUGUAUUUGUUCAACACAUUGCUUUUCACAAAGCUUUGAGUGUUUUAACUCUUAAGUCAUCGAAAGGUAUACAUUUAUGUAUACCGGACCGCUUCCUCCCUCUCUCUCUUCAAUCUGUCAAUCCUGAGUGAUGAACUCAUCAUUUUUACAAAUUCAUUCACAUAAAUUGUAGAUACUACUCAUAUACUGUUGGCCUACAUAUAAUAUACUACUUAAAGAAAAAGAAAAGUAUUGUGUUGUAAUCACUUGUAAUUUUUAAUGCUUAUUACUUGCCUAUUGUAUUCUAAUCUAUUACAUCAUUAAUUUUAUUGCAUGUGUGUGUGUGCGUGAUAUAAUCUGUGCAUUGUUGAGCAGCAAUCAUGUUUCUUUCGGGAUUCUUUGAAGGAAUG